AUGUCAACACCUGCCGCACAGGUCACCUUGCGCUCGCACCACGACAAGUACGUGUGCGCCGAGCAGGACCACAGGGCGGUGGCCGAUCGCUCGGCAGCCAGCAUUUGGGAGAAGUGGCACAUCAUUCCCGUGGCCACCUGCCACCAGGCCCCGCACUGCCCCCAGUCGCAGCCGACGCAGUGUCCUGCGCCUGGGAUCGGUGGCUAUCCUCAGCCGUCGCAGCAGCCGCAGCAGAGCUACUACCCUCCGGCGCCCGCUGGCUAUCCUCAGUGGCCUCAGCAUGCACCUGCCUUCGGUGGCUUUCCGCCGGCACCCGGUGGUGGCUAUCCGCCUCAGCAGGGGUAUCCACCGCAGCAGGGCUACUACCCGCCGGCGCCCGGUGGUGGCCAUCCGCCUCAGCAGGGCUAUCCGCCGUACCCCGGCCAGUAUCCCCCUGGCCACUACUAA